UUACUGCGUUACAGCAAAAAGGAAUACAUUACUAAUUGCGUUACUCUUGUAACGCGUUACUCCCAACCCUGAUUAUGGUACAUCUAUACUGCGCUCUUUUAAAUAAAUGUAUCUGGCUAUUUGGUCGGCUUAUCAGUAACAGCUUCUUAUUAUUCUAUUUCCACACAGUGACUCAAAAAUCGAGAACGUAGGCUACGCUACCACUGGCCGCAAAGCAACUCUAGUGGAGCCACUGGAAGUAAAGUGUUCUAUGGACAACAUUAUUUUUUCAGGAAGAGGAGUUUGACAGGUCACGGACUCGCUCUUCUUCAAGAAGCUACUGAAGCCACAAAAGAACCAGAACUGCAAGCUGAUGAAGACAUGAACAUGCCUGGGUAAAGUCAAAAAUGUCAUAUGGUGACAGCAUUUCAAUCUUCGCUGAGCCAGAGGUGAACUCUACAUGUGCCUCUUUAAGUACGUCAAGGCAGAAAUGGAUCAUUCAGGCACCCAUGUACCUGAGAGAACAAAAUGAAGACAUAAAUAGAGUGAGUGAGAGAGACUGGUUCAACAAAUCAUAAAAGAGAGAGAAAGGAAUCAAGCCUCCAUCUGCAGAGAGGGAGUCAGGAGACAUGCCUUCUGGCAGUAGCAGAAGAAGACAGCUGUGUUUGGUGUGGUAUUUUUAAACGCAUCAAUGCUGCUCCAAUCCCCGCGCCUCGCCUGACCUAUUUUUAGCCAGGGCUGGCCAUUGUUCUAUUUCUGUCACCUGUGGGCCACGCAGUUGUUGAUUCACAUGCAAAUGAAUCUUGUUCCCUCCCUGGCUUGCAUUACUGCCUCAGCGAGGUGCUCUGUGCACACUACACAGUACACGGCUUUCCUAGCAACUCAGCUUUACAUUUUUCUCUGCUCAGACACUUUGCUGAGGAGAGGAAAAACCACAGACUGGAGAGGAAUAGGGAAAGAGGCAGAUAAGAAGAAAAAAAUGCUGUAUAUCUUCUCUUAAAACUGUUAGUGUUUGGAGCGGACACAGAUUGAAGCAGGCACCGGGAGAGUGGCAGCCCUGCAGAGAGAGUGUGCAGUUUGUGUUAUUGCUCUACAGUGAGAGUGGUUUAUCAGAGGAGGAGGCAGAGGAAGGAAGAGAGUUGCCUGUUGUCGUGGUCUCUCCCCUGAGUGGCUGAGGGGUGGCUCUUGGUGACAGGAAACGCAAGGCUUGCAAUGAGACCUGAGCGCUGAGUGGAGUAUGCUGCAGACGAUUUACGAGGGCGAGUCAAGUUUCUCCACAACAGAAGGGCGCGUUGGACACCAGCAGUUCCCCAACCAGAGCAAGAUGCACAACGUGAACAACUCAGUGGACAUUAAACCAGACGUGCCAUUGGCUGUGGAGUCCUUAUCUCCGUUGGACCUGCGUACAGAUCUGAGGAUGCUGGGUUCAGGCUCGGACCCGGGACUGUGGGAAAGGCAGCUGCAGCAGGAGCUGCUCCUCAUUCAGAAGCAGCAGCAGAUCCAGAAGCAACUACUAAUCAGCGAGUUCCAGAAGCAGCAUGAGAAGCUGACCCGUCAGCACCAGGCUCAGCUCCAGGAGCACCUCAAGCUCCAACACGAGCUCCAGGCCAUGAAACAGCAGCAGGAACUUGCAGAAAAGGAGCGCCGUCUGGAGCGGCAGCAGCAGCAGCAGCAGCAGAACCAGCAGGAGAAGGAGCAGGAGAGGCAUCGGCGAGAGCAGCAUGUUUCCUGCCUGAUCCUCAGGGGCAAGGAGCGCUCCCGAGAGAGUCUCACAGGUGCAGUGGCAAGUACAGAGGUGAAGCAGAAACUCCAAGAGUUUCUGUUGAGCAAAUCAGCAAAGGACCCUGCCAGCAAUGGAGUCAAUCAUUCUUUCAUCCACCACCAAAAGCUCUGGUACACGUCCUCUAACCACACAUCACUGGACCAAAGCUCUCCACCUCUGGGCGGCACAUCCCCCACCUGCCAUUAUACUCUGCCAUCACCCAUAGAGAGCAAGGACGACUUCCCGUUGAGGAAGACAGCCUCUGAGCCCAACCUGAAGGUACGAUCCAGACUGAAGCAGAAGGUAGCAGAGAGGAGGAGCAGCCCAAUGCUCAAGAGAAGGGAUGGACUCAUCACAACGCCUUACAAGAAGAGGGCUUUGGAGUUAAUGGACGCUACGCCCACUAACAGUGCCCCCGGCUCCGGCCCCAGCUCUCCCAUAGGGGCCUCCAGUGCCUUAGGGGCUGAAAAUGGACCCUCCUCUCUGCCCACUACCACAAAAACUGAGAGAUGGCCCUCACAGCCAAGAUUAUUCCAACCUGAGGGCGCUGUGUCCAUGCUGAGCUUAUACACAUCCCCCUCCUUACCCAACAUCUCCUUGGGGCUUUCCACAGCAUCCUCACCCAUAAGUGCCACCAUGGGAUUGAAGGACAGAUCGACAGAAAUCAAGCAUGGGCUGCCUGGGCACCUGCUGGGCCCUGUGCCCCUUCAGACGGGCCUUGAGUCUAAAGUGAGCCCCAGUCACCAGGCCCUCCUCCAACACCUCCUCCAGAAGGAGCAGAUGAGGCAGCAGAAGAUGCUCUCCUCUGGCCAAGGCACCAUGUCAUCCCACCCUCAGUCCCCUCUGGCAAUGAAGGAUCGCCCUUCCAGCAGUCGGCCUAAACUACCAAAACACCGGCCCUUGAACAGGACCCAGUCAGCGCCGCUGCCUCAGAACACAUUGGCCCAACUUGUCAUCCAGCAGCAACACCAGCACUUCCUGGAGAAACAGAAACAGUAUCAGCAGCAGAUCCAGAUAAAUAAGAUCAUUGACUGCAGGAUAUCAUCAUUAAUGCGGAGCCAAUGUGUUUUGCAGCUGUUGUCCAAGUCCAUUGAGCAGUUACGUCAGCCCAGUACACACCUGCAGGAAUCGGAGGAAGAGCAGGAGGAGCAGCACAGAGAGCUGGCAGAGAGCAUGCAGGAGGACAGGCUGCCCCCUGGAGGAGUCAUCCGGAAGCACACUCUGAGCAGUAGCAGCAGCAGUGGCUCAAGCGGCGAGCUCCAUGACACUCACUACGGGGUCAUCAAGGUCAAGGAGGAGCCGGCUGAUAGUGAGGAUGAGGCCCUGACCAAUCAGGGAUUAGAGUCCGAGCAGAGCGCCUAUCUUCACCAGGUCAAAGGACGACUGGUAAUAAGAGCCAUGAUCUGAGAAGGGAAGAGGAUGAGAUCACACACUCGCAACAUUCGCAGAUAAACAAAUCUCUACAAACACGUGCAUCUAUAUCCCUGCAGUUUACACACACACACACACACACACACACACACACACACACACACACACACACACACACACACACACACACACACAGACACAGACACAGACAGCCAUUGCACAGGUGGCCAGCUCUCCCUGUGAUGACAUAAUGACCCCUUUACACUCUGCACCCCACACAAGACUCUCGGUUUGUGAUCUUUAUGUAGUGAUCUCUGUAAAAUAUGUACGUUUUACUUUUGUGUAUAUAGUAUGAAGACAAUUUAGACCGUUUCUUUUAAGAGCUGCUUUGGUCGUCUAGAGUCUGCUCAACUGACAAAAAAGUUCUAUCUACAUAUACUGUUGAUUAAGCAUCAAAGGUGAUUUCUAGUGGGAACGGUUGAACAGGUGUACAGCUGGAAGAGCCAACUUGUGUUCCCAUUGUGUACAUUUUUGCCAUAAAAUAUUUGAAUGCUCUUUUAUCCUCCUUAACUUUGAGAGUAAUCAUAAAGUUUGUUAAAGAAUUUAAUACACUACAUGCUCCAUUGUUCUCAAAAAUCUGUGAUGAUCUUCCACGUAAAGUGGUCUCAGAACUGAAAUAAUUAUGAACAUCUGUGUUUGAGAGAAUGUAUACUUAAAUCCUAUCCGAGGACGAUCCUUUAGGGCAGGUUUUUGCGCUUGGAGUGAUAUUGCCAUUGGAAUAUGGUCCACUGCUCAUAUUGCAAUUUGAAGGAUAAAACACUAAAUCCAUGCUUGGGUGUGCAGGCAUCUCCCAGCACACCACAAGUCUCCAUGUCGCUCUCUCGGAUCGGUCCCAGAGCCAGGGCCCUGUGUUAAGCCCAGCUCUCCUCUUCCUCUCCCUCUGGGUCCAAAUCAAAGCUCGGCGGGUUCCUGCCCAGCUUUCAGCAGAGGAGUCAGACAGAGAGAAAGAGAGAGAGGGCCGGGCAGGAAAUGCCUUCUAGAAGCCAGGAGUUGGAGUGAUUCAUGUGUGCAGGAAUGUUGAGAGAGGAGGACCUCGGGUUGGAGGAGUCCAAGGGGCCAGGCUUGAGAAUUGAUUUACUGUCAAGGCGAAUUACAAAGUGAGCGGGGAUAUGGUUUAGGGAGUCCCUGUUAAAGGGAAUCGCUUCCUUCAUAUUCCCUUGUGGCAUGCUUACCUCAACAUGCAGGUUUGAUGUUACUUCAAUAAAAAAAAAAAAAAAAAAAAAAAAAAAAACGGACGGGACUUUGUUUCUUUUUCUUUUUUUUGAGCCUGUUUUCCCCUGAAAGUGCCCAUUGCGACAUGUAUAGUCUGUCUUAAAGUGAUCAAUCAAAUGUAUUGCUUAGCCGUAAACCUUCCUGUUUUGUUUGUACUGUCGACUAAAUGUAGAAAAUGCUAGUAUGAGAUUCUGUGUUUGGAUUCAUGUGAAAAUCAAAACUGUCUGUCUUAUACUGUACAUUCAGAUUGUCCGGUUUUAAUGUUUUUAGUGUAAGUAAACACAGCCAGAACAAUGUGAGUCUUGUUGUCUUGCUCCCUUGAUUUGGUUGUAACGAGAACCCCUUUUGCUGCCAGUGGGGGGGGUUGGGGAAUCCUGUGGUCUGUUCAUAGCGUUUUUCACUUCUUCUCUUUCUUGCCUUGUGUGAUAAACCUUUUUUAAAUAAAGUCCAUUUACCUUUAA